AUGUAUAAUAGUUUCCUUAAUAUUUCACCUCCAAAUUAUCCGCCGCCUUCAGCACCAACUGAAAUGAGAGGUCCGCCUCCACAGCGUGAUCCACCGAUUCCACCGUUAAUACAAGAUGAAGCUAGCACAGCACAUGUUGUCGAUGAUUCACAAUAUGAUGAACCAGGGAUCCCACCGGAAACGGAGAAAUACUACAAAGGACUGGUUUCAUCGAGGCGACAUUCUAAAUUAUUGAAUAACAAUUAUGAAAUAUCGUCAUCACAACAGAUACGUACGACUUUUACUCCUAACACUCGUAACGCACGCUUAAAAGAACAAGAAGCAGAGUCUGGUUCACAGUGGGAUGAUGAAACCAGGCAGAUGUUGCUUCAAAAUCCAGAAACUGGCAGCUACUACGUGCCAACAAGUUCAGGUAAACUUUUCCUCGUAAUCAUUUUAAUGGUAUGGACAGUAAUUAUAGUAUUCUAG